AUCCGUUCCGCACUUCAAAAAGCUUACUUUCACUUUUACUUUAAAGAGCAGAAGCGCAAAUCAGCGACAAACUGCUGUAAAUACAUCAAGAUUUAGACCUGCGUAUAAAUAAAGAAUGAGCUACGACAGAGCCAUUACUGUUUUUUCUCCAGAUGGACACCUGUUUCAGGUGGAAUAUGCCCAGGAGGCGGUGAAGAAGGGUUCAACUGCAGUGGGGGUGAGAGGCAAAAACAUUGUUGUGCUUGGGGUUGAGAAGAAAUCGGCGGCCAUGCUUCAGGAUGACAGGACAGUGCGAAAAAUCUGCGCUCUGGAUGACAACAUCUUCAUGGCAUUUGCUGGCCUGACUGCAGAUGCGAGGAUCGUGAUUAACCGAGCUCGGGUGGAGUGUCAAAGCCACAGACUGACUGUAGAGGAUCCGGCUACUGUGGAAUACAUCACCCGCUACAUCGCUAACAUGAAACAGCGUUACACACAGAGUAACGGACGAAGACCUUUUGGGAUCUCCUCCCUCAUCAUGGGCUUUGAUUUUGAUGGUACUCCCAAUCUCUAUCAGACUGAUCCUUCUGGAACAUACCAUGCCUGGAAGGCAAAUGCUAUUGGGCGAUCAGCAAAAACUGUUCGCGAAUUCCUGGAGAAGAACUACAAAGAGGAGGACAUGGAGUCAGAUGAAUUAGUCCUUAAACUGGCAGUCAGAGCUCUUCUCGAGGUGGUGCAAUCUGGUGGAAAAAAUAUUGAACUGGCUACAAUGAAGCACGGUGAAACUAUGAAGAUUUUGGACCCUGAGGAAGUCGAGAAGAUAGUAUCUGCUCUGGAGAAAGAAAAGGAAGAGGCAGACAAGAAAAAGAAAGCUGCAGCCAGUGCAACAUCCUGAACAAGCUGGGAAACAAGUUUUAAGCAACAAUGAAUUAAUGCACUAAAGGUUGAGGAUUAUCAGCCAUUUUCCAUUUUAUUAACAAUGGUUCUUUUUUUUUUUUUUUGUACAAAGUCCC